GUACGUUAAUCGAUCACAAAGACUAAAAAAAGAGAAAAUGGGAGUUUACUUAGGCAACUAUUGUUUUGUAAUGAUAAUAGUGUUGGUGUUGGGAGCAGAAGUGAGAAGUCAGUCGUUAAAGAAUGGUUAUUAUUCAACGUCAUGUCCAAAAGCUGAGUCCAUAGUAAGGUCCACCGUUGAAUCCCACUUCGAUUCUGAUCCCACCAUUUCCCCUGGCUUGCUUAGGCUUCACUUUCAUGACUGUUUUGUUCAGGGUUGUGAUGGAUCGGUUUUGAUAAAAGGGAAAACUGCUGAGCAAGCAGCUCUAGCGAGUAGCGGUCUAAGAGGGUUUGAAGUGAUAGAUGAUGCGAAAGCUCGGCUUGAGUCUGUGUGUCCAGGAGUUGUGUCAUGUGCAGAUAUACUCGCGCUUGCUGCUCGUGACGCUGUUGACUUGAGUUCUGGACCAAGCUGGACAGUUCCAACGGGUCGUAAAGAUGGUAGAAUCUCAUUGGCAUCAGAAGCAUCGAAUUUACCUUCUCCACUUGACUCUGUUGCUGUUCAAAAGCAAAAGUUUCAAGCUAAAGGAUUGGAUACUCAUGAUCUCGUUACUCUACUUGGUGCACAUACAAUAGGACAAACGGACUGUCAAUUUUUUCGUUACCGUUUAUACAAUUUCACGGUGACUGGAAACUCCGACCCAACCAUAAGCCCAUCGUUUCUAACGCAGCUCAAGACUCUUUGUCCUCCUAAUGGAGACGGUUCGAAACGUGUUGCUCUUGACAUUGGUAGUCCAUCAAAUUUUGAUGUAAGCUUCUUCAAGAACGUACGAGACGGUAACGGCAUUUUGGAGUCGGACCAACGACUUUGGUCGGACUCUGAGACGAAUGACAUGGUGAAGAAGUAUGCGAGUACCAUCAGAGGAUUGUUAGGGUUUAGGUUUGAUAAUGAGUUUGGUAAAGCUAUGGUUAAGAUGAGUUCCAUUGAUGUAAAAUCAGAUGUUGAUGGCGAGGUUAGGAAAAUUUGUUCUCAAGUGAACUAGUUGAGUUAAACGUAAGAUAUAUAUAUAUAUAAAUAAUUGUCAUGUUUCCAAAAAAAAAGAUUACCAUUAAUGUUUUAGUUAAUAUUUGUCGUUA